UUUUCUCAAAACAACCGUAUUCUCAAUGGCAACGCUGCUUGCUGUGCGCAGUAUGCAAUUUCGCGCAAUGCAGAAAUCGCUUGCACGUGGGUUGUACGAGACACAUGCGAGAAGAUUCGACUAUUCAAUACAAUUGCUACUUCCGGUGUCUAAUGAGAAUUGUUAA